UUGUGGAUCUUGCCGAACUUAUACUCACUGUAUUCUAUUUCCAGAUGACCCUGAUUUACAGUUCUUGGAUGCAUUUUUCUGAUGGCUCACUUAAACAUGCCGUCAGCACGGGGCUGGGAUUGCCGAGAUAUGGUGUGUAAGAGCAGAGGGAGGGUGCUUUGGAAACUUUGCCUGGCCCCUCCCCCUUUUGGCAAGAGAGGCAAAAUCCAAACGCCCCUGCUGUUUCCACAGCACUGUCUGGUUAACACAGACCUUUCUCUUCCUUCUAGCCCUGGGCCUGGAGGCACGCACUGCCUGGGCGCCAGUGUGGAGCACGCCGUCUGCGAGAACCUUCCCUGCCCCAAGGGCCUGCCCAGCUUCCGGGACCAGCAGUGCCAGACGCAUGACCGGCUCAGCAGCAAGAAGAAGGGCCUGCUGACAGCAGUAGUGGUUGAUGAUAAACCAUGUGAACUCUACUGCUCACCCCUUGGGAAGGAGUCCCCGCUGCUGGUGGCCGACAGAGUCCUGGAUGGCACACCCUGUGGGCCCUAUGAGACCGACCUCUGUGUGCACGGCAAGUGCCAGAAAAUCGGCUGUGAUGGCAUCAUCGGGUCCGCGGCCAAGGAAGACCGGUGUGGGGUCUGCAGUGGUGACGGCAAGACCUGCCGCGUAGUGAAGGGCGACUUCAGCCACUCUCGGGGCACAGGUUAUAUUGAAGCUGCUGUCAUUCCAGCUGGAGCUCGGAGGAUCCGCGUGGUGGAGGAUAAACCUGCCCACAGUUUUCUGGCCCUGAAAGAUACCAGUAAGAGAUCCAUCAACAGCGACUGGAAGAUCGAGCUCCCCGGGGAGUACCAGAUCGCCGGCACCACUGUGCGCUACGUUAGAAGGGGCCUGUGGGAGAAAAUUUCUGCCAAGGGACCAACCAAAAUACCACUGCAUCUGAUGGUGUUGUUAUUUCAUGACCAAAAUUAUGGAAUCCAUUACGAGUACACCGUUCCUGUAAACUACACUGCCGAAAAUCAAAGCGAGCCGGAAAAACCCCAGGACUCUUUGUUCAUCUGGACCCACAGCGGCUGGGAAGGGUGCAGCGUGCAGUGCGGAGGAGGGGAACGCAGAACCAUUGUGUCCUGCACACGGAUUGUUAACAAGACCACAACUCUGGUGAAUGACAGUGACUGUCCUCAAGCAAGCCGUCCAGAGCCCCAGGUCCGAAGGUGCAACUCACACCCGUGCCAAUCACGGUGGGUGGCAGGCCCAUGGAGCCCCUGCUCAGCGACCUGUGAGAAGGGCAUCCAGCAUCGGGAGGUGACCUGCGUGUACCAGCUGCAGAACGGCACACAUGUCACCACGCGGCCCCUCUAUUGCCCGGGCCCCCGGCCAGCACCAGUGCAGAGCUGUGAAGGCCAGGACUGCCUGUCCAUCUGGGAGGCGUCUGAGUGGUCACAGGUGGGUGCCUGGGCUGUCGCCAGUGCUGAACCCACCAACAGGGCCUCUGUGCCUUGUCCACCACCCAAUUGGUGCCUUUCCCUCCAUGGUAUUUGUGACUCAAUACCACAUAUCACAGUCCUCGCCAACCCCCAGAUAACCAAAAGAUGAAUUCUAGUCACAUAUUCUUAAAUUCCAUCUGAGAUAACAAUAUGGCUAAAGGAAGCAUGGAUAAUGUGGUUUUGAUCAUGUAUACGUUUUUGAUAAUAUAUAUCACAGUUUGAUCCCAUUUCCUAUGACAAUUCUCAU